AUGUCCGAGCCUCAAUCCCCUUCAAAGAAGAGCUUUUUUGGCCUUGGAAAGGAAAAGAAGGAGGGAAGUGGAUUGAAGACGCCCACGCACGAGAUCGCCCAAACUCCUGCCCUCGAGUCGGCCAACCCUCUUGAGAAGCACAACAUCCCUUCUGAGGCUAGGCAGCAGCAGAUCGUUGGACAGACUGGAGAGGGCGUCACCAAGGAGUCAUCGAUCCUCAUCGCAAUCGACGGAACCGAGGCAGGAGACAAGGCCUUCCACUACCUCCUCAAGAGCAAGGUCCUCUCUACCAACGCUCACAUCUUCAUCGUUACCAUCCUCCCCGCCAAUGUGCUCUCUGGCCCUUGGGUCUCCGGCCCGCUGUCCAUCGACACAAAGCGCCAGAAUGAGAUGCUCAAGGCGCUGAGGGAGCAGGCUCUGCAGAAGCUGACUCCGUACAGGGACCAGCUGAGGGAGGCCGGGUACGAGACUACCCUCCACGUAGCGCACGGCGACCCUCGCCAGACGAUCGUGCGCGUCUCGUCCUACCACAAGGUCGACCUCGCCCUCGUUGGCAAGCGUGGCAAGAAGGGCAUCUCCGGCCUUACGGGCGGCAGCACCAGCUCGUACAUUGUCAACCACAGCCCUUGCCCUGUGCUUGUCAUCAAGUAG